AUGGGUACCACCGAAGAAGCCCCUUCAAAAGCUGAUAUCCAGACCAUCUUCAAAAAACUUCGUGCUAUGCCAAGCAAUAAAGAAUGUUUUGAUUGUGGUGCUCGUAACCCUUCAUGGGCAUCUGUUACGUACGGGAUUUAUAUAUGUAUCGAUUGCUCAUCUGUACACCGUAAUUUGGGAGUUCACAUCAGCUUCGUUCGAUCAGUUACGUUGGAUACUAAUUGGUCGUGGCUGCAGUUGCGUGCAAUGCAAGUUGGUGGAAAUGCGAAUGCGGUUUGUUUAAAAAACAUUUUACGAACUAAGGGAAUGAAAGAUAAAUUGGCGUCUUUAGCUGCAAGAGCUCAUCAACAAUAUGGCAGCUCAUUAAUGAUAGAAAGUAAUAAUGAUUCGCUAACAGAUGAAGGAUUUGGAGACAAGAAUAAAGAGGUCGACUUUUUUUCUCAAGAUUUUGUUGCUCAUCAAAGCAAUUCGUCAUCCUCAAUUAGUCAAGAUGCAUUCAUUAAUAAUAACGGUGAAACAGUGCCAGGCAAGUUCAUUAUUGACUUUCAUAAAUUAUUGCGUUCUUCACUUAUUGAAUUCAUUAUUGUAAAGCUCAGUGAUAGAGUAGGUGAAUUUUCAGGGCCAAAUAUUGAAGCGCUGUCAUUAAAUGAUGUACCAAAUGAGCAAACUGUUCACUAUAAAUCCAGCAUUACUUCUAAAAAGAUAGCCCUUAAGAAGUCGGGAGUACGUUGA